UGAGUUGGGACGUCAGACACUGAGCCCGAGAGCUGCUUCUUCAGGCUCCUCACACCAACCAGCUUCUAUUGGAUCCUCACACUAACCAGCUUCUAUUGGAUCUUCACACUAACCGGCUUCUCACACCAACCGGCUUCUACUGGGUCCUCAAACCAACCAGCUUUUAGGUUCCUCAGACCAACCAGCCUUUAAUGGUCCUCCAUACCAACCAGCUUCUUCUGGCUCCUCACAACAACCAGCCUUCAUUGGUUCCUCAUACCAACCAGCUUCUUCUGGCUCCUCACAACAACCAGCCUUCAUUGGUUCCUCAUACCAACCAGUUUCUUCUGGCUCCUCACAACAACCAGCCUUUAUUGGUUCCUCAUACCAACCAGCUUCUUCUGGCUCUCGAUACCAACCAGCUUCUUCUGGUUCCUCACAACAACCAGCCUUCAUUGGUUCCUCAUACCAACCAGCUUCUUCUGGCUCCUCACAACAACCAGCCUUCAUUGGUUCCUCAUACCAACCAGUUUCUUCUGGCUCCUCACAUCAACCAGCCUUUAUUGGUUCCUCAUACCAACCAGCUUCUUCUGGUUCCUCAUACCAACCAACAGAAAGGCUUCUUCUGCUCAACGGGAGAACAACUUGACCGGUGUCAGAAGACAUUUGGUCACAAAGUUCACUGAAGGAUGCAGCACGGGAGUUGGAACCAGCCACUCCCCAUAUCUCUGCUGCUCAAGGGCCCGGCAGGAGACCAGGCUGCUGGCGUUGAGGAGGACUAUGGCGUGGUCUUGGCUGAUAAUGAUCUCUCUGAGGACCCCCAGCUGGAGGUGCAGGCCGGCAGAGGUGACUUUGUGGAUCUCACUGAAUUUUUGAACGCCGAAGAGAUCAACCGCAGUCUGGACUUGGCCUGGGAGGCCUUUGGUGACGCAGAAGAUCAACGUCUUAAGACCCAGGCGCAGGAUCUCAAAGAGGAGCCUGGAGAUGUUCGUCAGUCUUCACCCUCACCUGAGAAGCUCACCUGUCACAAGCCUGCACAGCCUCUUUACAAACAGGACAAACCUCGGCUUCUUCACGCAGACUUGGAGCUGAACGAGCGCACGUCUUCCGUCACGGAGUUCUGCAGUCGGGCCGCCACCUUCAUCGAGGAGCUCUCGUCCAUCUUCAAAGGGUCAGCACAUGGGGAGGGGCAAGUGGACGACCACUUGUCCUCCCCUCUUGGUGGACAUCUGUCUCCUGGGAGCCAGCAAGCAGACCCUGCUACCUCCUCCUCACCCUGCUGGCCAGUACCAAGUCAACCAUCACCCUGCCAACCAACCCCCUGCCAACCAUCACUAUGUCAACCAUCCCCAAGUCAACCAUCACCCUGCCAACCAACCCCCUGCCAACCAUCACUAUGUCAACCAUCCCCAAGUCAACCAUCCCCCUGCCAGCCAUCACUAUGUCAACUAUCCCCAAGUCAACCAUCCCCCUGCCAAUCAUCACUAUGUCAACCAUCACCAAGUCAACCAUCCCCCUGCCAACCAUCACCAAGUCAACCAUCCCCCUGCCAGCCAUUACCAUGUCAACCAUCCCCAAGUCCACCACCACCCUACCAGCCAUCACCCUGUCAACCAUCCCCAAGUCAACCAUCACCCGGUCAACCUUCCCCAAGUCCACCAUCACCCUACCAGCCAUCACCAAGUCAACCAUCCUCCUGCCAAGCAUUACCAUGUCUACCAUCCCCAAGUCAACCAUCACCCUACCAGCCAUCACCAAGUCAACCAUCCCCCGGCCAGCCAUCACCAAGUCAACCAUCCCCAAGUCAACCAUCCUCCUGCCCGCCAUCACCAUGCCCACCAGAGCAGACUACGUACCAGCAAGCGGCGGCCGGUCCUCCACUGGCAGGUCCACAGGAGGUGGUUCCUGCCGCUCAGGAGCAUCAUCAAUGCGAGGCUCCGCCCCCAUGUGGAACCCUGAUCCCGCCCUGCUUUGUUCAGAAGCUGAAGAGCCAGGAGGUGGCAGAAGGAAGACCUAUCCGUCUGGAAUGCAGCGUCAUCGGGAACCCACAUCCACUCAUCAGGUGGUUCUGUGAAGGUCGAGAGCUGCACGACUCACCUGACCUCCACAUCUGGAGCGGUGAUGACCUUCACACCCUGGUCAUCAACGAGGCCUUCCAGGACGACACGGGACGCUACACCUGCGUGGCCUCCAACUGUGCGGGUCGUGACCACACCUCUGCAGAGGUCUACAUCGAAGGAGCUUCAUCCUCAGACUCAGACGGAGAAGGAUCAGCGUCAAAGUCCAGACCAAGAAGCAUGACCCAGCCGCAGAAGAAGAGCACCUCCAUGUCUCUGACCAUCCGCUCGUCGUCGCCCCAGACGCCCGCGGUCCUCCCUCGCCGCUCCACGCUGGUGCAGUCCUUGUCGCAGCCUCUCCAGCGGACACAGAGCCCCAUGUUGUCCUCCAGCGCCGUCGACCUGCCCGUCUUCACCAAAGUGUUGCAGGAUGCCCAGGCGUCCGAGGGUCAAGUGGUGGUCCUAGAGUGCAGGGUCCGUGGAGCCCCCCCUCUGCAGGUCAGAUGGUUCCGCCAAAGUGAGGAGAUCCUGGACUCGCCAGAUUUCCGAAUACUCCAGAAAAAGCCUCGAUCUGCAGCGGAGCCAGAGGAGAUCUGCACCCUGGUGAUUGCAGAGGCCUUUCCAGAAGACGGAGGUCUGUUCUGCUGCACCGCCUCCAAUUCUUAUGGUUCUGUUCAGACCAAAGCCCGGCUCACCGUCACUGCAGGACCCAACAAGUCAUCCAGUAACGGUUUAUCUGGAGAUGGCUCCGAGUUUGAGGACGGAGCAGCCUUCCCUCCGCCACCUCCGUCCACAGAAAUCAGCCUCUUGGAGCUGCCGCCGAAGAUAUUUCCACAGCCCUCCACUGAGCCUUUUCACGUAAAGGAAGUGGAGUUGUGGCCUGGUGGUUCUGGUACACCUUUGGCUCCGCACAAGACUGGUUUCAUGUCGAAUGGACGACUCCCGAUGCAACCGUCUCCGCCUGCCGAGACCACACCUCCUCCGCCUGCAGAGCCCGCACCUACUCCACCUCCACCUUCUCCUCUACUCCCACUCCAAAGCUCGCCUCCCACCCCUAAGAAUCUUUCUCCGGUCCCUGGGAGAGAGGGCGGUCCUCUUCCGACGAAGCCCAAACCAAAGCUGAACGCAUCUCAGCUGAAGCAGCUUCAGGAGCAGAUUGUUCUGGAGCAGCAGGAAGCAGCCAUCUGGCAUCAGCAGCAGGAAGUCUGGCCCGGGCCACAGGAAGUCAUCCAAAGCCAUUCCCCGUCACCCCCUCUUCCCCCUCCUCCCUCCUUCCAAGAACUGGAGAACAGCACAGCCAUGCAGGCCAGCACCUUCAACUACGCCCGGCCCAAACAGUUCAUUGCUGCUCAGAGCCCCGGAGGAGGAGGCGGCGGCGGCGGCUUUCCAACCCAGUCCGCGGGCUCCUCGCCCACCUCGCAUACACCCUUCAACAAAAUCUCCGCGCCAGCGUUCUCUAAGGCGGCCAGCGCGGACGUGCCUAGCUCGCCUUCCUUCCCACCCCCGCCCCCGCCCGACUUUGAUUCGGGCGACUUGUCGUCCCCAGUGUGCGGCGUCGAUGACCUGCCUCCUCCCCCACCGCCUCCUCCCCUGCCCGUGUCCCCCGCUUUCUCUGACGUGUCCUCGCCAUUCUCCUCCGUCCCUCCAUCUCCCGCCUCCGGCUUCCUGUCCUCCCUGUUGCCGGCCACGCCCCCUACGUCCAGGGGCCCCGCGGUCAACGCAUUGGGUCUCCCCAAAGGCAACAGCACUGUCAAAGCCUUCCCCAAGAAGUCGCCCGCCUCCCACACGCCUCGGCUCAACUCCAACUUGGACAUCCAGGGCUCCAAGGACGCCGUCAUCCAGGACUUGGAGAGGAAGCUGCGCUUUAAAGAGGAGCGCAUGAGCAACGGGCAACAGAGGCUAACCUAUGAGGAGAAGAUGGCUCGCAGGCUGUUGGGCGUCGACAACGCUGCCACACUGUUGAAGGCCCAGGACGCCCAGGAGGAGCCUGUCAAUCAGGAAUACAAAGUGUCCAGUUUCGAGCAGCGUCUCAUCAGCGAGAUCGAGUUCCGUCUGGAGCGUUCGCCGGUUGAAGAGUCAGACGACGACGUUCAGCACGACCCCGACUCGGCAGACCCGCUGGGGGAGGGGCCCACCUUCCAGCAGAAGCUGAAACACUACAAAGUCUUUGAGGGAAUGCCCGUCACCUUCACCUGCAAGAUUGAUGGGGAGCCCAAACCUAAGGUGUACUGGUUUAAAGACGGCAAGCAGAUCUCCAAGCGGAGUGAGCACUACCAGAUCAGCCGUGGCAUCGAUGGCACGUGCGCGCUACACACUGCAGCGGCCUCACUGGAUGAUGACGGCAAUUACACCAUCAUGGCGGGCAACCCGCAGGGCAGGGUGAGCUGCACGGGCAGGAUGAUGGUCCAAGCCGUGAACCAGCGAGGCCGCAGCCAGCGCUCCUCGCCGGGACAUAUGCGCAGGCCCAGGUCCAGGUCCAGAGACAGCGGCGACGAGAGCGAUAACAUCCAGGAGCGCCACUUCCGGCCGCACUUCCUGCAGGCGCCCGGCGACCUCAUCGUACAGGAGGGCCGACUGUGUCGCAUGGACUGCAAGGUGAGCGGCUUGCCGACCCCUGACCUUGUGUGGAAGCUCAACGGACAGACCAUCCGCCCGGACUCCGCACACAAAAUGCUGGUGCGGGAAAAUGGCGUGCACUCGCUGGUCAUCGAACCCGUGACCAGUCGUGAUGCAGGCAUCUACACUUGCAUCGCCAGCAACCGCGCCGGACAAAACUCCUUCAACCUGGAGCUCAUCAUUGCAGCCAAGGAGAUGCAGAAAGUGCCAUCAUUUGUGGAGAAGCUCCAGAACACCAGUGUGGCGGAGGGCCACCCGGUGCGGCUGGAAUGCCGCGUCACCGGCGUUCCUUCCCCGCAGAUCUUCUGGAAAAGGGAAAACGAGUCACUCACCCACAACACAGACAGAAUAAGCAUGCACCAGGACAACAGUGGCUACCUGUGCAUGAUCAUCCAGCCCGCCACCAAAGAGGACGCCGGCUGGUACACGGUGUCGGCCAAAAACGAGGCGGGGAUCGUGUCCAGCACCGCACGACUCGACGUGCACGCCCAGUGGCAGCAGCCCAACCUCCCCAAAGCGAAGAAGGUGCGUCCGGCCAGCAGCCGCUACGCCGCCCUGACCGAGAGAGGCCUGGAUGUGAAGGCUGCCUUCUUCCCUGACAGCAGCCCUCUGCCACCCGGGAGCCUGGUGGAGAGCGACGAGCUGUAGAGAAGGAUCGACAGAAAGACCUUCCUGCUUUGGGUGGUUUGGAAAGUUUAAGUGUUCAAGUCGCGGGACUGGAGGGCGAGAAGGUGAGAGCUGUACAGGAAGUGGGUUUUUUUUUUUAAUCAGGAGUGAGAUGUUGGCUUUUGGCAGGUUCUACAAUGAUGGACUUUGAGGAGUGCUUGGGGGGACACACAUCUAUUUUCUGUGUUGAAUGAAAAGGCUAAGAAGCCCUAGCUGACGUUGAAAUUAUCACCAGUCUGUAUCAAACUAUAUUCAGUCACUCUUUAGGCCUUUUCGAACCACAAGAACACACUUUGGACUUAGGCUGGAUGAUUCUUGCCAAUCAUCUGACAGCUCUUGUGUGUUACCGUGCCAACCCAGGCCUGUGUAUGGAUUGUUCUCCUUAUAUAGCGUUAUUAUUUUAGCUUGUGAAAAGUUCAAUAAAGAAUCUUCCCAA